UUUUUCUUCUUCUUCUUCUUCUUCUUCUUCUUCUUCUUCUUCUUCUUCUUCUUCUCCUUCUCCUUCUCCUUCUCCUUCUCCUUCUCCUUCUCCUUCUCCUCCUCCUCCUCCUCCUCCUCCUCCUCCUCCUCCUCCUCCUCCUCCUUCUCCUUUUCUCCUUCUCCUUCUCCUUUUCCUUCUUCUCCUCCUCCUCCUUCUUCUCCUCCUUCUCCUCCUCCUUCUCCUCCUUCUCCUUCUUCUUCUUCUUCUUCUUCUUCUCCUCAAGACAGGGUUUCUUGUAGCCUUGGUUGUCCUAAAAUUCUCUCUGUAGACCAGGCUGGCUUCGAAUUCAGAGAUCUGCCUACCUCUGCCUCCUGAGUGCUGGGUUAAAAGCCUGUGCCAUCACCGCCCGGAAGAAAACGGAAUCAUUGUUUCAGGAAAAAAUUAAGAUGCCUGGACCUCUGUCGGCUUCGGUGGUUGCUACUCUCUCCUUGACCUGGAUGGCUGACAGGAUACAAAGUUGUUUAAGACAACUUUGUUUUUUGCGUCUAUUUAUGACUUUAUUUUUGUUUUUUGCAGGUGUGGUGAUGUAUGCUUUUAAUCCCAGCACUCUGGAGAAAAGGGCAAAUGGGCCUAAAUUCGAGACUAGCCUAGAUUACAUAAACAGCUCCAGGACAGCAGCUAGAAGAAACCUGUCCCAAACAAACAACAAAUUUCACUAUUGUGUGCCUGUUUGGCGAACGCGUGCCACAGUGUCUGUGUCGAGAACAAAGGACAACUUUAAAGAGUCAGUUUUCUUUUUCCACUUUUACACGGGUUCUGGGGAUCAAACCCAGUUGUCACCCACGUAGCCAUCGCGCCGGCCCUUGUUUGAAACAACUAUUAAUGGCUGGACCACACCGGACAGUCCAGAUCUCAAUGCGUCCGUGUGCACUUGGCUACAGGGGCUGCCGAGGCAGUAAAUUCAAUCUCGCAUUUAGGCAGUCUUGCUGAAAGCCGCAUGGAACCGAGUGGAAACAAGAAAAGCAAGCGGCAGGCUCCUCCUGCACGGAUUUAGCAUCAGGCUAACCUCACAGGCCAGGAUGGAGCGAGUGACUGAUGGGUCGAGGGCGGGCCAGCAGUCAGAUCGCAGGAGCCGCUCAGACACGGGUGGAUGUGGCCGCCGCCUCUGGGCGUCCAGCCUGCUUCUGUCCGCUUCGGCUCCGGAGGGGGCGGGGGGGGGUUAACAGCGCGUGGGGGCGGGGAGAAGAGGCGAAAGUCGACGGCGGUGCCGGGCGCGCGCACGUGCGUGGUUACGUGCGUGCGUGGGCGCGGCCCAUAGCACGCCGUGCGCUAGGCGGAUGUCCGGGCCGGCUGGGCCGGGGCGGCGGACGAGAUGGCGGAAGGCCGGGGCAGCCGUGAGCGACCGGAUGUGGAGACCCAGAAGACGGAGCUCGGAGCCUUGAUGGGGACCACGCUCCAACGUGGGGCGCAGUGGUAUCUUAUUGACAGCCGGUGGUUCAAGCAGUGGAAGAAGUAUGUGGGCUUUGACAGCUGGGACAUGUACAAUGUCGGGGAGCAUAACCUGUUUCCUGGACCUAUUGACAACUCCGGACUCUUCUCAGAUCCUGAGAGUCAGACCUUGAAGGAGCACUUAAUCGAUGAGCUGGACUAUGUGCUGGUCCCAGCCGAAGCCUGGAAUAAAUUGCUGAAUUGGUAUGGCUGUGUGGAGGGCCAGCAGCCUAUUGUCAGAAAAGUUGUGGAGCAUGGCCUGUUUGUCAAGCACUGCAAAGUGGAAGUGUAUUUGCUGGAGCUGAAGCUCUGUGAGAACAGUGACCCCACCAAUGUGCUAAGUUGCCAUUUUAGCAAAGCAGACACCAUUGCAACUAUUGAGAAGGAGAUGAGGAAGCUCUUCAACAUCCCUGCAGAACGUGAAACACGGCUUUGGAACAAAUACAUGAGCAACACCUAUGAGCAGUUGAGCAAGCUAGACAACACUAUCCAGGAUGCUGGGCUGUACCAGGGUCAGGUGCUAGUAAUUGAGCCCCAAAAUGAAGAUGGCACAUGGCCCCGGCAGAGCCUGCAGUCAAAAUCAAGCACUGCACCUAGCAGAAAUUUCACUACCUCUUCAAAACCAUCCGCAAGUCCCUAUUGCUCAGUGUCUGCCUCUCUCAUUGCAAAUGGUGAUAGCACUAACAGCUCUGGGAUGCACAGCUCCGGUGUCAGCAGGGGUGGAUCUGGCUUCUCUGCUUCGUAUAAUUGCCAGGAGCCCCCAUCACCUCAUAUACAGCCUGGCCUCUGUGGACUUGGAAACCUGGGGAACACUUGCUUCAUGAACUCUGCUCUGCAGUGCCUGAGCAACACUGCCCCACUGACUGAGUACUUUCUCAAAGAUGAGUAUGAGGCCGAGAUCAACCGAGACAACCCUCUGGGGAUGAAAGGGGAGAUUGCAGAGGCCUAUGCAGAGCUCAUCAAGCAGAUGUGGUCUGGAAGGGACACUCACGUGGCACCACGGAUGUUCAAGACGCAAGUGGGACGUUUUGCCCCUCAGUUUUCUGGCUACCAACAGCAAGACUCCCAGGAGCUGCUAGCCUUUAUUCUAGACGGACUGCACGAGGACCUGAACCGCGUAAAGAAGAAGCCUUACCUGGAGCCCAAGGACGCCAAUGGGCGACCAGAUGCGGUGGUAGCAAAGGAAGCCUGGGAAAACCACAGGCUGAGGAAUGAUUCUGUGAUUGUGGAUACUUUCCAUGGCCUUUUCAAAUCGACUUUGGUUUGCCCAGAAUGUGCUAAAGUUUCUGUGACCUUUGACCCAUUUUGCUAUCUAACUCUCCCACUGCCUUUGAAGAAGGAUCGGAUUAUGGAGGUCUUCCUGGUUCCUGCUGACCCUCAGUGCAGACCUAUCCAGUACCGUGUGACUGUGCCAUUGAUGGGGGCCAUUUCUGACCUGUGUGAAGCACUCUCCAAGCUGUCUGGCAUUGCUGCAGAAAAUAUGGUGGUCACUGAUGUAUAUAAUCACCGCUUCCACAAAAUUUUCCAAAUGGAUGAAGGUUUAAGCCACAUCACGCCUCGAGAUGACAUUUUUGUGUAUGAGGUCUGCAACACGUCCAUGGAUGGCUCAGAGUGUAUCACUCUUCCAGUCUACUUCAGAGAGAAGAAGUCCAGGCCGUCGAGUGCUUCCUCGGGGGCUGUGCUCUAUGGACAGCCCCUUCUUGUCUCUGUCCCUAAGCAUAAGCUAACCCUAGAGUCUUUGUACCAGGCUGUUUGUGAUCGUAUCAGCCGCUACAUAAAACAGCCUUUGCCUGAUGAGUUUCUCAGCUCACCCUUAGAGCCUGGGGCCUGCAAUGGCUCUAGGAGUAGCUAUGAAGGAGAUGAAGAGGAAGAAAUGGAUCAUCAAGAGGAAGGAAAAGAGCAGCUUUCCGAAGUGGAAGGCAGUGGUGAGGACGAUCAGGGAGAUGACCAUAGCGAGAGCGCCCAAAAGGUGAAAGGCCAGCCGAGGCACAAGAGGCUCUUUACCUUCAGCCUCGUGAACUCCUGUGGAACUGCUGAUAUCAAUUCACUGGCAACUGACGGGAAACUCCUCAAACUCAACUCUCGAUCCACACUGGCCAUUGACUGGGACAGUGAGACCCGAAGCCUUUACUUUGAUGAGCAAGAAUCUGAGUGCUUCUCUCCGCAGGCCUGUGAGAAGCACCUGAGCAUGUCACAGCCGCAGAAGAAGAAGAAGGCGGCAGUAGCCCUGCGAGAGUGCAUCGAGCUCUUCACCACCAUGGAGACCCUUGGGGAGCAUGACCCCUGGUACUGUCCCACCUGUAAGAAGCACCAGCAGGCAACAAAGAAGUUUGACUUGUGGUCUUUGCCCAAGAUCCUGGUGGUUCACCUCAAGCGUUUCUCCUAUAACAGAUACUGGCGGGAUAAACUUGACACCGUGGUGGAGUUCCCAGUCAGAGCUCUGAACAUGUCCGAGUUUGUCUGUGACCGGUCAGCAAGGCCUUAUGUUUAUGACCUAAUUGCUGUGUCCAAUCACUAUGGAGCCAUGGGGGUUGGUCACUACACUGCAUAUGCGAAGAACAGACUGAACGGGAAAUGGUAUUACUUUGAUGAUAGCAGUGUGUCCCUGGCCUCUGAGGACCAGAUAGUGACGAAAGCCGCCUACGUGUUGUUCUAUCAGCGUCGGGAUGACGAAUGCUCCAGCACAUCUUCGCUCGGCAGUUUCCCCGGUUCUGAUGGAGGGGUGAAGCUGAGCAGCUCACACCAGGGCAUGGGGGAUGAGGAGGCUUACAACAUGGACACCAACUGAUGUGGCCUCUGUGACCCUGCCACCCUCCCAACACCAGCAUCCUCCCCCAGGAGAAUAUCUGUGGCACUCUUGAAGACUGCUCAUAUCAAUCUCAAACCAGAUGAGGACAUUACCUCCUUUUAUGAGAAGAGGAAGGAAAGAGAAACCCUGCUUUCUGAGAAGGGCUCUAUGUUAAGAGGCUGGAUUAUUUUUUCUUUUAAACGGGUGGUGAGAGAAAAACCUGUGGAGCUCAAUUGUGGGCUGGGGUUUGGUGCACAGUGGCAUGUGUCUCAUGGAUUCCAAAGAGUGGAGAGGAAGACCCUGCAAUGAGCAUGGUGCAGCCAUGAAGACCCACCUGCAGGGCUGCUCCGAACUGGGUUUUGGAUUCUGGUGCCCACACUGCUCACCCCAGUAGUCUGGCCACAGUAAACCAAGCCUCCAGCAAAUUUGAUGUUGUCCUCUAGUUCUUUGCUGUUCAUUGAGAUGGGCUUAUAGUUUUCUAAACUGUCUCUGAAACCCGUUUCUAUUCUCUUGUUCUCUCAGAAUUUUCCAGCCGCCUUCCCGGUUAUGAAAUGAAGUUAGUAUUGGGCUAUUGUUUUCAGUUUCUCACAGACUCCUAGAAGUUCUGUUUUGUCCCCCACUGCCCUUGAUAAAGUGAUUCUAUGUGGAACUUUCAUUAGCUCUCCCUUAAAAGAAGUCUAUUCAUAAAA